ACACAAUCAGUUCAUCCACUCUGACCGAGAUAGCAGACAUGGAGGACUCACCUGUCGACGACGACCCCAGACUGGACUUCAUAUCGGACUGUGUGCUGAGGACUUUCAAACUGAAACGAGACAAAUGGCAGAAAUGCGUGUCCAGCGAGAACAACCUGCAGCUGCUGCAGGAGUUUGUGGACAACCCCAAACAGAGGCUCCUGCUGAUGUCUGUGACCGCGGCGGGGCAGCUGCAGCCCGCCGCCUUCUUCGCUGCCAACUCCAAGCACAAAACCGUAUACUUUCUGAAACUGGACGAAACGGCUCUGAGUCCACAAUCCAUGAAAGAGAAACUGGUCUACGGGGACCUGUCUUACGCUCCACUGGACCAGUUUUCUGCUCUAGUUGAGGAGGUUGUAGUCCCAUUGCUCUCAAACAGUAGGAACCACACUCAGUGGCCACAGGCUGUGUCACAGGACAUCAAGCGCCAUGUCCACUCCCUCAAGACCAGUGUUUCUGUGAUGUCAGGCCAAGUCCAAGGCAAGACUCUGCUGCCUCUUCCUGCAGGUUCAGAGAGAAUCGAGCAAGCCGCCCUGGAGACAGACAAAAGGGGGGAAAUAGUGGAUAAGAGCAUUAUUCACUCCUUGGAGUCUGCAGUGAUUGAGUGGAGCCAUCAGAUCCGUGCCAUCCUCAAGAUUGACUCCUCCGAGGCUCUGCUGGAAGGCAGAAACCCCACACCUCACACAGAGCUGCUCUUCUGGAAGAACAGAUGUGCAGAUUUGGAGUGCAUCCACUCCCAGUUACAAUCCUCGAAGGUGAUUAAAAUGGCAAUGGUGUUGGAUGCCGUGGAGAGCAGCUACUCCCCGGCGUUCACAAACAUGCAGCAGGAUGUACUUGGAGCUCUGGAGGAGGCAAAGGAUAUUUGCACCUACCUGAGGCCCCUUCAGUCUCUGUUUGAAGACAUGGAGAACGUAGAUUUUCCUGAUGUAAAGGGUCAAAUCGGCCCUUUGAUGCACACAGUAUGCCUGGUGUGGACCAACUCUCGAUACUACAGCACCCCAGCGCGUCUCAUCGUUCUGCUGCAGGAGACCUGCAACCUUCUCAUACAGCAGGCCCGGGCGUACCUCGUUCCAGAGGAGGUUCUGAGGGGAGAGGUGUCCGAGUGUCUCAUGAAGGUGCAGACAAGCUUGGAGGUCCUGCAGCUCUUCAGGAGCACCUAUGAGGACCGUAGAGCCAAUCUGAGACAGUACCAGAAGAAUGGGAACUUGGUUAGGUCUUGGGACUUCCAUCCAUUCUUGGUUUUCUCUGGACUUGACCUAUUUGUUGACAGAAUCAAAAUCAUUAAGGACGUCCUUUCAACAGCUGUGAACCUGUUGAAGCUUGAGAAAUUAGAGAUUGGAGGUGUCAGAGGGCGAGCCCUAAGCCACCAGGUCCAGCUGCUCCAUCAAGAGUUCGUGGACACUUUCAAAGUCUUCACAGAGAAGCCUGAUGACUGCUUGGAUGUCAACAACGUGGAGUUUGAAAAAGAUGUGAAGGAGUUCAAUCUGAAGGUGGAUGACACAGAGCGACGACUAGGAGCCAUCUUCUGUCUGGCCUUUGAUGAUGCCUCCGGACUAGAGAACAGCUUCAAGGUUCUGGAUAUGUUUGGCAGCCUGCUGGAGCUCCCGUUAGUGGCCGCAGAUGUUCUGGAAAGAUACCCAUCUCUUUGGUCAAUGUUUGACAAAGAGCUGGAUUGCUGUAAACUUCUCUACAACCAACACAUUCAAGCUACAAAGGAGCUCGGUUCGGCUCCAGUGAAUAAGAAUAUGCCAGCAGUAGCUGGAGGGCUGAGAUGGGCUCAGGAGCUACAGCAGCGCAUCCAGAUACCUUUCUCCAAAUUCAGGCAUUUCUCCUGCUCGUGUCUGGAGUCUGCAGAAGGAGCCAGAGUCAUCCAGAAGUAUGAGGAGAUGAUGCAACUCUUGGACAGAUACUCCAGCGACUUGUAUGAGACAUGGACCGAAACUGUGGGCGAGAGUUCUCAGUACAGCCUCAGCUUGCCAUUAAUCAGCAGAGACCCAGCUACUCAGCUGAUCUCAGUCAACUUCAACCCACAGCUGGUGUCUGUGCUCAGAGAGGUGAAGUACAUGGAGGCCGGACAGACUGAAGGCAUCCCUGAGACUGCAAUGCAAAUCUACACCACCAGGGGGCAGCUGUGGCAGUAUGUGGCCAAGCUGGACCUUAUUGUUGGUCAAUACAACAAGGUGAUGCGCUCUGUGCUCGACGUGGAGCAGCCUCUGGUUCAGGGCCAGCUCAGGGACAUUGAUGCUCAGCUCAGAAAGGCAGAGGAGAGUCUGAACUGGAACAGCCAAGGUGUUUGGCCCUAUAUCCAGGAGGUGCGGGACUCUGUUAGCGACCUGGAGAGCCGACUCCAGAGAGCCAAGGACAAUGUGGAGGAGAUCCAGAGCUGCAUGAGGUCCUGGGCCCACCUCAUAUUUGACAGGAAGGAAGGCAAAAAAAAUGCUGUGCUCAAUCUGGACAACAGAAGAGAGAGGCUUGACAGAGUGUACAGACUGAUUAAAACCUCCGGGGAGAAGAUCCACUUCCUCCUGAAGACCAAUGAGGCACUGUUCAGAGCUGAGCCAUCCUCUGAAGAGUGGAAGGCCUAUGUGGAGUACAUUGACGACAUGAUCAUACACGGCUUCUCCAGCAGCAUUGAGCGCUCCCUCAAGUUCUUCCUGGAUAACACUGACCAGAAAGCGGCUGUGGCCCCUCUGUUUGAGGUUCAGUUGGAUCUCAAGGUUCGUGACAUGGUGUUCACUCCCUCUCUGGAGUUUGGUGCUGGAGACAGUUUCUUUGAGGUGGUGGAAAGCCUCAUCAGUGAUGUGUUCAGAAUCUCAUCAUUGGUGCCACGUCUCGCCCAGCACAGCCCUUUCCCUCACUACCAGGCUGAAAUGGAGAACAUGGCUAACCUGGCAGACAUGCGUCACCUCCUCAUGGAACGUGUGCAGAGUGCCAUGGCAACGUGCUGCGAGUUUCGUAACUCUCUGGAGCGUUACAGCUACCUCUAUGUGGAUGAUAGAAAGGAGUUCAUGCAUCAGUUCCUUCUGUAUGGCCACAUUCUCACCAGGCAGGAGAUGGAGGUUUACAGUGACAAUGGAAUUCCAGAGAAUCCACCGACUCUUGACGAUUUUAGAGAGCAGGUGGACAAUUAUGAGAAGAUCUAUGAGGAGGUGCGUGGUCUUGAGCCUGUACAUGUGUUUCAUGGCUGGAUGAGGGUGGAUGGCCAUAGCAUGAAGAGUGCCCUGCUCAACACCAUCAAAAAGUGGAGCUUCAUGUUCAAACAGUACCUCAUCGACCAUGUAACUAACAGUCUCUCAGAUCUAGAGAAGUUUAUUGCCAUAACUGAGGCUGGUCUAGGCCAACAAGUGGAGGAAGGUGACUACGGUGGCCUAGUGGGGGUCAUCGGUCACUUGCUGGCUGUUAAAGAAAGGCAAAGCACUACGGACACCAUGUUUGAGCCUCUACAGCAAACCAUCGCUCUGUUGAAGGUGUAUGAACAAGAACUGCCUGAUGUGGUUUACAAGCAGUUAGAGGAGUUGCCAGAAAAGUGGAACGCCAUGAAAAAACAGGCGGCACUGAUCAAACAGCAGGUGGCUCCACUGCAGGCCAAGGAGGCAGCCAGCCUACGUCGAAAGUGUGCUUCAUUUGACGUCGAACAACACACCUUCAGGGAAGACUUUCACAAAAACGGACCUUUCAGAUUUGACAGCAAAAGGCCCUACCAGAUGUUGGACUCGUUCCACGGGCAGAUCCAGGAGCGGGAGGUGGUGAUGGCUUCCCUGGUGGAGGCUGCCAACCUGUUCGAGGUCUCCGUCUCAGAGUACAAGCAGCUCAGACAAUGCAGGCAUGAGGUGGGCCUGCUGAAGGAGCUGUGGGACAUGAUCACCAUGGUGGAAUCCAGCACGGUGGCGUGGAGGACGACUCCCUGGAGAGAGAUCCAUGUGGAGGACAUGGAACUGGAGUGCAAACAUUUCGCUAAAGAUAUUCGGGUGCUUGAUAAAGAGGUUAGAGCGUGGGAGGCCUUCACAGGUUUGGACAGCAUGGUAAAGAACCUCCUCACCUCCCUGCGUGUUGUGGCAGAGCUCCAGAACCCAGCCAUACGAGCCCGACACUGGCAUCAGCUGAUGGCUGCUACUGGAGUCUGCUUCACCAUGGACCAGGAGACCACUCUGGCUGACCUGCUGCAGCUCAACCUGCACUGCUUUGAAGAGGAGGUGAGAGGGAUCGUGGACAAGGCUGUUAAAGAGAUGGGGAUGGAGAAAGUCCUUUCUGAGCUCAACUCUACAUGGACAGGUAUGCGGUUCCAAUAUGAGCCCCAUCACAGGACCCAGGUGCCUCUGCUCCGCAGAGACGAGGAACUGAUUGAGAUGCUGGAAGACAACCAGGUCCAGCUGCAGAACCUCAUGUCAUCCAAGUACAUUGCACACUUCUUGGACGAAGUAUCUUCAUGGCAGAGCAAGCUGUCUGUGGCCGACUCAGUCAUCUCUGUCUGGUUCGAGGUGCAGCGGACUUGGACCCACCUGGAAAGCAUCUUUAUUGGGUCUGAGGACAUUCGGUCACAGCUACCUGAGGACUCCAGGCGCUUCGAGGGGAUUGAUGCUGAUUUCAAAGAGUUGGCAAAUACAGUGCAUCAAAUGCCCAACGUGGUGGAGGCCACCAAUAAACCAGGCCUGUUUGAUAAACUGGAGGACAUCCAGAGCAGGCUUUCCCUGUGUGAAAAAGCCCUGGCAGAGUACCUGGACACCAAGCGUCUGGUCUUCCCUAGAUUUUACUUCAUCUCUUCAGCUGAUCUCCUGGACAUCCUGUCUAAUGGGACCAACCCACACCAGGUCCAGAAACAUCUGUCUAAGCUGUUUGACAACAUGGCUAAGAUGCGAUUUGAAGGAGACGGAGAGGAGAAUCCUUCUAAGACUGGUCUGGGCAUGUACAGCAAAGAGGACGAGUAUGUCCCAUUCAACCAAUCUUGCGACUGCACUGGGCAGGUGGAAGUGUGGUUGAAUCGGGUGCUGGAAACAAUGCGCUCAACAGUUCGCCACGAGAUGACCGAGGCAGUAAUGGCCUAUGAGGAUAAACCCAGAGAGCAGUGGCUGUUUGAUUAUCCAGCACAGGUCGCGUUGACCUGCACUCAAAUCUGGUGGACGUCUGAUGUCUGGAUGGCUUUUGCCUGUCUGGAGGAGGGCUAUGACAGCGCCUUGAAGGAGUACUACAGAAAGCAGGUGUCCCAACUGAACACCCUCAUUUCCAUGCUCGUUGGCCAGCUUACACCGGGCAAUCGGCAGAAAAUCAUGACCAUCUGCACCAUUGACGUCCACGCCAGAGACGUGGUGGCUAAGAUGAUCGCUCAAAAGGUGGAAAAUUCUCAGGCCUUUGUGUGGCUUUCACAGCUGAGGCACCGAUGGGAUGAAAAGGAGAAGCAUUGUUUUGCCAACAUCUGCGAUGCCCAAUUUCUCUACUCCUACGAAUACCUGGGCAACACACCACGAUUAGUCAUCACUCCUCUUACAGACAGAUGCUACAUCACCCUGACCCAGUCCCUCCACCUCACCAUGAGCGGAGCUCCAGCAGGACCUGCAGGCACAGGGAAGACUGAGACAACCAAAGACUUGGGUCGAGCCCUCGGCGUCAUGGUGUACGUGUUCAAUUGCUCUGAGCAGAUGGACUACAAGUCCUGUGGGAACAUCUACAAAGGCCUGGCUCAGACGGGGGCAUGGGGCUGUUUCGACGAGUUUAACAGGAUCUCUGUCGAGGUGCUGUCUGUCGUGGCUGUACAGGUCAAGAGUAUCCAAGAUGCUAUCCGGGAUAAAAAGUCGAGGUUCAGCUUCAUGGGAGAGGAAGUGAGUCUUUGUCCCUCUGUGGGCAUCUUUAUCACCAUGAAUCCAGGCUAUGCUGGCAGGACUGAGCUUCCUGAGAACCUCAAGGCUCUGUUCAGACCUUGCGCCAUGGUGGUGCCAGACUUCGAGCUGAUCUGUGAAAUCAUGCUGGUGGCUGAAGGCUUCAUUAACGCCCGGGUCCUCGCUAGGAAGUUUAUCACUCUCUACACACUGUGCAAAGAGCUGCUGUCCAAACAGGAUCACUAUGACUGGGGCCUUCGAGCCAUAAAGUCAGUGCUGGUGGUGGCUGGCUCUUUGAAGAGAGGAGACCCCGACCGAGCUGAGGACCAGGUACUAAUGCGAGCUCUGAGAGACUUCAACAUCCCAAAGAUCGUGACCGAUGACAUGCCCGUGUUCAUGGGGCUGGUAGGAGACCUUUUUCCUGCCUUGGAUGUCCCCAGGAAGCGAGACCUGGACUUUGAGAAGCAUGUGAAGAAGUCUAUUCUGGACUUGAAGUUACAGGCCGAGGACAAUUUUCUACUCAAGGUGGUGCAGCUGGAGGAGCUGCUGGCAGUGCGUCACUCGGUGUUUGUGAUAGGAAACGCAGGCACUGGGAAGAGUCAGGUGAUGAGGUCACUCCAAAGGACCUAUCAGAACAUGAAUUUGCGGCCUGUGUGGGCAGACCUUAACCCAAAGGCUGUAACCAAUGAUGAACUUUUUGGCAUCAUCAACCCAGCAACCAGAGAGUGGAAAGAUGGCCUGUUCUCCAAUAUAAUGCGUGAAUUGGCCAACAUCAGUCACAACGGGCCUAAGUGGAUUGUUCUGGAUGGAGACAUUGACCCAAUGUGGAUUGAAUCACUCAACACAGUCAUGGAUGACAACAAGGUGCUGACUCUGGCCAGUAACGAGCGGAUCCCUCUGAACCAGACCAUGAGGCUGGUGUUUGAGAUUAGCCACCUCCGCACUGCUACCCCUGCUACUGUGUCCAGAGCAGGCAUCCUGUACAUUAACCCAUCAGACCUUGGUUGGAACCCACCAGUUUCUAGCUGGAUCGACAAGAGAUCUGUCCAGUCAGAGAAGGCCAACCUGACCAUACUGUUUGACAAGUACCUGCCCUCCUGCCUGGAUGCUAUUAGAUCAAGGUUUAAGAAGAUCAUCCCUAUCCCUGAGCAGAGUUUGGUCCAGAUGCUGUGCUACUUGCUGGAGUGUCUUCUGACUCCAGAAAACACUCCAUCAGACUGUGCCAAAGAACUUCAUGAGCUCUAUUUUGUCUUUGCUGCGGUCUGGGCCUUUGGGGGAGCCAUGUUCCAGGACCAGUUGGUCGACUACAGAGUGGAGUUCAGCAAGUGGUGGGUGGCUGAGUUCAAAACAAUCAAGUUUCCAUCCCAGGGCACCGUGUUUGAUUACUACAUCGACCCUAAGAGCAAGAAGUUUGAACCCUGGUCCAAGAUGGUGCCCAAGUUCCAGAUGGAUGCAGAUGCACCACUACAGGCAUGUCUGGUCCACACUACAGAGACCAUUCGAGUGAGUUACUUCAUGGACCGCCUCCUGGAGCACCGUAGGCCCGUCAUGCUGGUUGGGAACGCUGGCACUGGGAAGUCUGUACUGGUUGGAGACAAGCUGGGAUCACUGGAUGGAGAGAAAUACAUCAUUAAAAAUGUCCCGUUCAACUAUUACACUACAUCUGCGAUGCUCCAAGCCGUGUUGGAAAAGCCCCUUGAGAAGAAAGCGGGGCGCAACUAUGGACCUCCCGGCAGCAGGAGACUAAUCUACUUCAUAGAUGACAUGAAUAUGCCUGAAGUGGAUGCAUAUGGAACGGUCCAGCCUCACACACUCAUACGCCAGCACAUGGACUACAACCACUGGUAUGACCGUAAUAAGCUGCUUUUGAAGGAAAUACACAGCAUUCAAUACGUGUCGUGCAUGAACCCCACAGCUGGCAGCUUCACUAUUAAUCCACGACUUCAGCGGCACUUCUCAGUCUUUGCCCUGUCGUUUCCUGGAGCUGAAGCCCUGAGCACCAUCUACACCUCCAUCCUCUCCCAACACCUGAGAGCAGAGGGCUUCAGUGCUGCCCUACAGAAGAACUGCCCCACCCUGGUCCAGUUAGCUCUGGCCCUGCACCAGAGUGUCUCCUCCGCCUUCCUCCCCACUGCAGUCAAGUUCCAUUACAUCUUCAACCUGCGAGACCUCUCCAACAUAUUCCAGGGCAUUCUCUUUUGUACUGGCGAGUGUCUGAAAGCCCCUCCGGACCUGCUGAAAAUCUACCUGCACGAGUCCAACCGGGUCUACAGAGACAAGCUGGUGGAGGAGAAGGACUUCCAGGUCUUUGAUAAGCUGCAGGCAGACACAGUGAAAAAGUUUUUCGAGGACAUGGAGGAGACUCUGGAGCAGACCAGGGAGAUGAACCUGUACUGCCACUUUGCCCAUGGACUCGGGGAGGCCAGGUACAUGGCUGCAGAGUCCUGGAGCAGCCUCAAUAAAGUCUUGCUGGAGGUGCUGGACAGCUACAAUGAGGUCAACGCCACCCUAAACCUGGUGCUGUUUGAGGACGCCAUGGCUCACAUCUGCCGUAUAAAUCGAAUCCUGGAGUCUCCGAGGGGCAAUGCGCUGCUGGUCGGAGUGGGCGGCAGUGGCAAGCAGAGUCUGACCCGACUGGCUGCCUUCAUCUCCAAUCUGGAGGUUUUCCAGAUCACCUUGAGAAAAGGCUAUGGCAUCGCUGACCUGAAGAGUGACCUGGCAUCCCUCUACAUCAAAGCUGGCGUGAAGAAUAUUGGCAUCGUGUUCCUAAUGACUGACGCCCAAGUGGCAGACGAGAAGUUCCUCGUUCUGGUCAACGAUCUGUUGGCAUCGGGAGAGAUUCCUGACCUGUUCCCAGACGACGAAGUAGAGAACAUCAUUGGCAGCAUGAGGCCAGAGGUUCGCAGCUCAGGAUUGAUGGAUUCGAGAGAAACCUGCUGGAAGUUCUUCAUCGACCGCGUUCGCAGACAGCUCAAGGUGGCCCUGUGUUUCUCUCCAGUGGGCAGUAAACUGAGAGUUCGCAACAGGAAGUUCCCUGCAGUGGUCAACUGCACAGCCAUCGACUGGUUCCAUGAGUGGCCACAGGAGGCGCUGGAGUCAGUCAGCUUCAGGUUUCUCCAGGAGGUGGACAACAUUGAACCCCAAGUGAAGGAGUCAGUCAGUAAAUUCAUGGCUUACAUCCACAUGAGUGUCAAUCUAACAUCCAAGGAGUACCUGAACAAUGAGCGGUGCUACAACUACACCACACCCAAGUCUUUCCUGGAGCAGAUCAAGCUGUAUCGCAGUCUGCUGAGCCAGAAGAGCAAAGACCUCACCACCAAGAUGGAACGCCUGGAGAACGGCUUGCAGAAGCUCAAAGGCACCUCUGCUCAGGUGGAUGACCUCAAGGCCAAGCUUGCUGCUCAAGAAGUGGAACUCAAACAAAAGAAUGAGGACGCUGACAAGCUGAUCCAGGUGGUCGGGAUAGAAACUGAGAAGGUGUCCAAGGAAAAGGCGGUGGCUGAUGAGGAAGAACGAAAGGUGGCAGACAUCGCUGUGAUGGUCAGAGGCAAACAGAGAGACUGUGAAGAGGACUUAGCCAAGGCCGAACCAGCUCUCCUAGCUGCUCAAGAUGCCCUUAACACUCUCAAUAAGAACAAUUUGACAGAACUGAAGUCGUUUGGCUGUCCAGUGGCGGCAGUGACCAAUGUCACAGCAGCAGUCAUGGUCCUGAUGGCACCUGGUGGCAAAGUCCCAAAGGAUCGCAGCUGGAAGGCCGCAAAGGUGAUGAUGGCCAAAGUGGACGCAUUCCUGGAUUCUCUGAUAAACUUCAACAAGGAAAACAUCCCAGAGGCAUGCCUGAAGGCCAUUCAACCUUACCUGCAGGAUCCAGAGUUCCAGCCAGAUCUGGUGGCGGCCAAGUCGUAUGCAGCAGCAGGUCUCUGCUCCUGGGUUUUAAACAUUGUCAAGUUCUACCAGGUUUACUGUGAGGUGGAACCCAAACGUCAGGCUCUAAGCAAGGCCAAUGCAGAGCUAGCUGCUGCACAGGAGAAGCUCACUGGCAUCACGAGCAAGAUCAAACGCCUUAAUGAGAACCUGGCCAAGCUGACAGCCAAAUUUGAGAAAGCUACUGCAGCCAAGCUCAAGUGCCAACAGGAGGCAGAAUCAACAGCGCACACCAUUUCCCUGGCCAACCGCCUGGUGGGUGGUCUGACAUCAGAGAACGUUCGCUGGGCAGAGGCCAUAAAAAACUUUGAGAAACAGCAAAGUACCCUGUGUGGGGAUGUCCUCCUCAUUACCGCCUUCGUCUCCUACCUGGGCUACUUCACCAAACGCUAUAGGCUACAGCUUAUGGACAACACCUGGAGGCCUUAUCUCAGUCAGCUGAAGGUUCCUAUCCCAGUGACCCCUGACCUGGACCCUUUGGCCAUGCUGACCGACGAUGCUGAUGUUGCAGCGUGGCAGAACGAGGGCCUGCCUGCAGACAGGAUGUCCACUGAGAACGCCACAGUGCUUACCUCCUGCCAGCGUUGGCCCCUCAUGGUGGACCCGCAGCUGCAGGGCAUUAAAUGGAUUAAAAACAAAUAUGGGGAAGACCUGCGAGUCAUCCGUAUCGGACAGCGAGGAUAUCUUGAUGCCAUAGAGAGAGCACUGGCCGCAGGUGAUCUGGUUCUGAUAGAGAACUUGGAGGAAAAUUUGGAUCCCGUUCUUGGACCUCUGCUGGGCAGAGAAACCAUCAAGAAGGGCAGAUUUAUAAAGAUUGGAGACAAGGAGUGCGAGUACAACCCCAGUUUCCGUCUCAUCCUGCACACCAAGCUUGCCAACCCUCAUUACCAGCCGGAGCUGCAGGCCCAGUGCACCUUGAUAAAUUUCACAGUGACGAGAGAUGGUCUGGAGGACCAGCUGCUGGCUGCGGUGGUCAGCAUGGAGAGACCUGACCUGGAACAGCUGAAGUCUGACCUGACGAAGCAGCAGAACGGUUUUAAGAUCACUCUGAAGACGCUGGAGGACGACCUGCUCUCUCGUUUGUCCUCGGCUUCAGGAAACUUCCUGGGUGACACAGAGCUGGUGGAAAACUUGGAGACAACCAAACGGACUGCAGCCGAGAUAGAAGAGAAGGUAAAAGAAGCCAAGGUGACAGAGGCCAAAAUCAAUGAGGCUCGAGAGUGCUACCGGCCAGCAGCAGCGCGGGCUUCCUUAUUGUACUUCAUAAUGAACGACCUCAAUAAAAUCCACCCAAUGUACCAGUUCUCUCUCAAGGCGUUCAGUGUGGUCUUCCAGAAAGCAGUUCUGAAGGCCGAGCCUGACGAGGCCCUGAAGCAGCGGGUGUCCAACCUAAUUGACAGCAUCACCUCCUCAGUCUUUCAGUACACCACCAGAGGCCUGUUUGAGUGUGACAAGCUCACGUACAUUGCUCAGCUCACAUUCCAGAUCCUGCUGAUGAAUAAAGAUAUAAACCCAGUAGAGCUGGACUUCCUUCUGAGAUGCCAUGUCCAACCAGGUUUAACAUCACCAGUGGAUUUCAUAUCCAACCAUUCCUGGGGUGCGAUCAAGUCCCUGUGCGCAAUGGAUGAGUUCAGAAACCUGGACAGAGACAUCGAAGGUUCAGCCAAACGCUGGAAGACGUUUGUGGAGUCCGAGUGUCCAGAAAAAGAGAAAUUCCCACAGGAGUGGAAGAGCAAAACCUCCCUCCAGAGAUUGUGCAUGAUGAGAGCCCUGAGGCCUGACCGCAUUACGUACGCUGUCAGAGACUUUGUAGAGGAGAAACUGGGGAGCAAGUAUGUGAUUGGCAGAUCACUGGACUUCGCCGUCUCCUUUGAAGAGUCAGGUCCAGCUACGCCCAUGUUCUUCAUCCUCUCUCCUGGAGUUGACCCUUUGAAGGAUGUGGAGAAACAUGGGAAGAAGCUGGGCUACAUGUUUGACAACAAGAACCUCCACAAUGUGUCGCUGGGUCAAGGCCAGGAGGUUAUUGCCGAACAAGCUCUGGAUUUGGCAGCUCAGAAUGGACAUUGGGUCAUAUUGCAGAACAUCCACCUGGUGGCUCGCUGGCUGGGCACCCUAGAGAAACUUCUGGAGCAGCACGCAGAAGGGAGCCAUGAGAACUUCAGGGUGUUUGUCAGUGCUGAGCCCUCUUCCACCCCUGAGGGACACAUCAUCCCCCAGGGCAUCCUGGAGAACUCCAUCAAGAUCACUAAUGAAUUACCCACUGGCAUGCACGCCAACCUACACAAAGCCUUGGACAACUUCAACCAGGACAUGCUGGAUAUGUGUGCAAGGGAGAGUGAGUUUAAGAGCAUUUGGUUUGCCCUGUGCUACUUCCAUGCAGUGGUGGCAGAGAGGAGGAAAUUUGGUCCUCAAGGUUGGAACAGAUCAUACCCCUUUAACACCGGAGACCUCACCAUUUCUAUAAAUGUCCUCUACAACUACCUGGAGGCCAAUCCUAAGGUGCCGUAUGAUGAUCUGCGCUACCUAUUCGGUGAGAUCAUGUACGGGGGUCACAUCACAGACGACUGGGACCGCCGGCUGUGUCGGACCUACCUGGAAGAGUUUAUCAAGCCUGAGAUGAUGGAGGGGGAGUUUUACCUUGCACCUGGCUUCCCCUUGCCUGGAAAUAUGGAUUACAAAAACUACCACCAGUAUAUUGAUGACGUCCUCCCUGCCGAGUCUCCGUAUCUCUACGGCCUUCAUCCCAACGCGGAGAUCGACUUUCUCACACAAACCUCCGACAAGCUUUUUCGCACAGUGCUGGAGAUGCAGCCCAGGGACGGAGGAGUAGGUGAAGGAGGUGGGAUGACACGAGAGGAGAAGGUGCGUGCGGUUCUGGAGGAGGUCAUGGAGAAACUCCCAGAGGAGUUCAGCAUGGCUGAGCUUUUAAGCAAGGCUGAGGAGAGGACUCCUUACCAGGUGGUGGCGCUGCAGGAGUGUGAGCGUAUGAACCUGCUCACCCAGGAGAUCAGAAGUUCCCUCCAUGAGCUAAGCCUUGGACUAAAGGGAGAGCUGACCAUGUCCAGUGACAUGGAGAACCUCCAGAAUGCCAUUUUCUUCAACAUGGUGCCAGACAGCUGGACCAAACGGGCGUAUCCCUCCAUGUCUGGACUGGCACUGUGGCUCACUGACCUACUGGCCAGGAUCAAGGAGCUGGAGGUCUGGUCAGCUGACUUCGUCUUGCCUUCUACGGUGUGGCUGGCUGGCUUCUUCAACCCCCAGUCCUUCCUCACAGCCAUCAUGCAGGCCAUGGCUAGAAGGAAUGAGUGGCCUCUGGACAGCAUGUGUCUGCAGUGUGAUGUUACAAAGAAGAUUCGUGAGGACUUCAGUUCUCCGCCUCGUGAAGGGGCCUACGUACACGGGCUGUACAUGGAGGGUGCACGCUGGGACACACAGACUGGCAUGAUUGUAGAUGCCCGCCUCAAAGAGCUCACUCCAACCAUGCCAGUAAUCUUCAUUAGAGCCGUCCCUGUGGACAAGCAGGACAACAGGAAUGUCUACCAGUGUCCCGUCUAUAAGACCCGUCAGAGAGGACCCACAUAUGUAUGGACCUUUAACCUGAAGACCAAAGACAACCCAUCCAAGUGGACAUUAGCUGGUGUGGCCUUGCUUCUGCAGGUCUAGCAGGAGUUAAGAUUAAUGUGUUGAUGGUGCCAACAGGGUGAAUGUUCAGAUUGUAUUAGAACUAAAGAUUUUAAAGUGAGACUCUGUUGCUUUUUAAGAAAAAAAAAGUCACCAUUUUUACAAAUGAAAAGUUCAGAUUGUUAGUAAUAAAACACACCUUUUCUUGUUUCAAAACUCUCAGGGGCUACAACUUUGGUUUUGUGUAAUCAACAGCUUAAGAUGAUGUUAUCAUCUUCAGAAACAUAAUCUUGUCUGAAUGACAUGACAGCUUAGUGUUUAAUGAGUGCUCUUUAAUUAUCAUAUGUUUUUAUUUGAUAGUGUAUCAUAGGUAAAAAUGUAACUCAUCACAAAUCUAAAAUAACAAGUAAAAGCGCUACAUCAUUUUAUAUGUUGAAGAAACAUGCUAGAGAAUAGUUAGUUCAAAAUAUGACAUUAUGGGCGCUCAGCUGGCUGGGUGUGGAUUCAACUUGAGUCCCCGACACAGCGGUCAUGGGUUCGAAUCUGGCUUAUGGUGGUUUGCUGCAUGUCAUUCCCCCACUACCCAUUCUACCCAUGUUUCCUGUGUCUCUCUCACUGUCCUGCCUAAUAAAGGCAAAAAUGCCUAAAAAAAAUAAUAACUUUAAAAUAUGACAUUAUAUCCAUCGUAAACAUUGUGCAAACAAAUGAAUAAUAUAUAACAGUGUCACAGAUUUCUCUUCAAAUUUCCACCAGUGCUAAUCAAAAUGUGCAUCCAAAUACUAAUCAAAUAGAGGACAGAACAGCUCAAUGUGCAAUACUGCAGUGAAAAGACCACAUCAGUAAUUUCAGUUACAGUUGUAGCAUUUGUAAUGAAAAUAUGCUACUAUUAGGAGGGCUAUGGAAAGGUUCGACUCUGGGAGCUGUGUGAGAUUAAUGAACACAAGACACAUGAUGGUACCAGUAAUGUAUUUAAAAUACUUGAUUGUAUCAAGGCGAAACUGAUCAAAAUAAUAAUGAAAAAAUACAAAACAAUAACAGAAAACCACAAAAAUCAACCUUCACCUGUCCUUCAAUCAAUUCAAAUCACAAUAAGCAGCUUCUCUUUAAACAGUAUAAAGUGACUAUGUGCUUUGUUCAACAUCAAUAAUCCAAUGACAGUUGAUGGUUCAAGUGAAAGGUGAACGCGGGUCCAGUGUUGCCAAUGAGGUGCUAUUUGGAACUAUCAAUUCAUAAAACGAUUCUAUGAAACAAGUCCAGACAAUUCCAAACAAAUCUAAACCAGUCAAAUCAGGUGAAACAAAACUAAACAAGUCCUACCACACCAUUGGGGAUGGGAUGAAGCUGUGAGGCUUGAGGCCUGCCAAUGAGUGGGGUGGGUGAAGGGGUGAAUCUAGCUAACUGUUUUCCAGUUCGUUCCAGGGUAGCUCGCCGUCAAUUCAAAUCAUCCAUAGAAGCCUAACCUGUUCAGCAGACAGGCUUCAUCUUCUUCAUCAUCAUCUUCGUCAGUCGUAGCAAUCAUAUCCGCCAUUAGUUUCUCACCAACGUUCAGCACAGUGUUGGUUCAGGUGGGUGACAUCCAGAAAUCCAAAAGCAGUUGAAGGCCUGUUAGCAUUAGCAUGAUAUCAACCAGCUUUCAACAUGCUUUACUGGAGUUUGAGCUCACUUCCUCUUUGAUGCUGUGAUUUUCAGGUUUCCAGAGAUGCGUGGGGUGAUCCUGUUGUUCAAGUCACUGCUCUGUGUGACUGCACGAAACUGAUGUGCUUCAAACUAAGGAAUGGGGUGGAUUCCAGGUGGGAGAGAGGUUGCUGGUGAUUGGUUCAGGUGUUGUGACUGACAGUGUGGAGGUCCAGUAAUAUGGAAGUGACAGACUGUGACUGGGGUGUCUGUUCAUGUUGGGAUUCCCGAGGGCCAACAAUGAACUAUUCCAGAGUGAGUGCUACACAGUGGUCCAAAAUCUUUUUUUAUUCUUUUUAAUAAAAACUCGGCUGCACAUACUAUGGUAGAUGAACACUAAACAUACUAGUACACAGACCUCCUGGUGGCAAUCCCAGCUCAGCCUCUUAUGUCACUCACAGUGGAUGCUGUUAAGCCAAAGUUACAUAAUCUUGUUUUAAAGCCACACUGGACGUUGUCCUGGUAGAAUUACAACCCGGGUUAUAAGGCCUUUUCAAACUCCUGUUUUAGAGAGUAAGACUGUUUAAUGAUAAGAAACAGUGACACUCAUCCUGUGGGGAUAGUUUCAUUAAAACACCCCCGAUCCAACUAAAUAAGAGUCCCUGCUAAAUCCUUUUCUCUCAUAAGUCAACUACAGCAACAUGUAAAACUCAUAUUAAUGUAUCAGUCACAGAGUCUUGCUCCCUCCUGUCAGACUCUUGAUCAUUUUCUCUAACAGUCAGCACUUUCCUUUUUUUCCCCUUUUUCUUUUUAUCUUUUUGUGCUCAUCUGUGACAGCCGUAAUUCUUGGCUUUCUGACAGACUGUCUCCCUGCUUAACUUCUGCAGUAAAGUUGCCAUGACACCCAAUUAACUUGUUUUUAGUCACAAAAGCACAUUCCAGGUCUUUUCAGAAACUUCUGGAAGUUAGACUGGGCUAAAGAAUAAAGCUUUAGCGUUGACUGACUCCCAAAGACUCGCUGUAAAUGGACAGACAAUACUUGCUGGCCCAGCAAUACUAAGGCCACAAUAUAAGAUUGGAAGAAAGAUGCUCAGAUUCCAGGUUUCUGCUGAUGAUGCCUUUACCCUACUGUAUCUUUACACAGCAGAUGGUUGUUUGCUGCUGCAUAAAGCUACAUUUAUGUUCAAGCUCUCACACAUUGCACCAAUCUGCCCCUCCACAUAUCAAUUUUGCACAUUUUCUCUGUUGAACCAAAUUGCUGGGUUAUGUCCGUUGUAGUAAAUCAUCCUCCACCCACAGGAAAUAGAACCCAGGUCUCAAAAGUAAAGUCCAAGAGGGAAAAGCCAUAACGUUCUACAGAAAUUCUGAUCUUUUUUCUUACUGUCGUCUUUCUCUGUACCUUUAAAUGCAGUUUUCUCAACCUUCAGUAGCUCUAAACAGUUCACAUGUAUUUUGAGUUUAGGUAUCAAGUUAUUAGAAAUGUUAAUUAUCUGCAUGUGUUUGUGGAGAAAUUCUACUUUUAUAAAUUUAUGGGUCACUAUUUUUUUUCAUAGACUAUGUAUGAUGGCGCAAGUUGGAGAAUAUUACAGAAUAAAUUUAACUAUUAGGUGAUUUCAUACAUUUCAGCUGCAUCCAGUUCUGUAAACUACCUACACUGUGUAUACAUUUUCUAAUAACAUGAAAAUGUCUUAUUUGAUCACAUACAGUCUGUAUUUUUAUAUGUGCGCAAAUAUUUCACAUUUUUGCUUUCUCCCAGAAAAGUUCCAGAAUAAAGAUGCUUUAUCGCGCCA